AUGUAUCGCAGCGUGUACCGCUCUUACAGAAACUAUAAGUGAGUUUAGGUGUGAGGAGUGGUGUUUUAGUUGGUUUGUGACUGUUUCCAUUGGUAAUGGUAUAUUAUAGUAUGUUGUUUUAGUUAUCAACUUCAAAAAGGAGAAGCAAUGUUUUAGUUUGUAGGAAAAGUUGAAAACAUCUUGUUUUAGGUAUGCAAAGGCUGUUUUUGUUGUAAAUGUCUUGUUUCCAGAACUUUCUUAUGUUAUUUUAAGUAAAUUACUCUUGUUUUUGUUGAUGUUACCAUAUUCUACAGAACAAAUCUUACCUAAUCUUUUAAGGAUGGAUGAAGUUGAUGAUCAGAAGAUUUUGGUCAUGGGCCAUAGCGCUGAUGGUCAAUUUGGCCGUGUAGAUAAAGAAUGUACAGUUAUCCCGACUUCAUGGCGGAUUGAUCUUAACCAUGGCAUCAACGAUCGUAUUGUACAGUUUUGUCUGGGUGAGAAGCACUCGCUGGCUUUAACACACAAAGGACAUGUUUAUAGUUGUGGGUCAAAUGAAAAUGGACAGUUGGGGAGGAAUUGUAAGGUUUCUUCGUAUUGUAAUAGGCGUUUAUAAUAUGUAAGGUAUGCUUUAUUAUAAUAUAUGGAUUAAGAAUUUAUUUUCAAACUCUGUCUUAUGUUAAGUUGUACAUGAAUGAACAUUUUUCUAAUUCCAUAACAUACUGCAUUUUUUGGUUUUAGUCUUGGACUUGAUUGGCCAAUGUCAAUUUCGAUCUGGUUUAAAAAUCAUUCAAAUCGCCACAGGGCAAAGUCACAAUUUGGCGGUAACCGAUGAUGGUCGGUUGUUUGCUUGGGGUUUAAAUGACAAUUUACAAUGUGGUAUCAAAGAACAAGGAAAUAUAUUUGUACCUACAAGAGUGACAAGUCUCAGUGGUGUAUGCCAAGUGGCAUGUGGAGCAAUGUCAUCAAUAGUACUACUGGAUUGUAGGUUUUAAAUGAUUUUUUAAAUUUUUUAAGGUUUUAAAAAAUUUUUUUUUGUUAAUUUAGGUAACAAUUUUUGUCUUUCACGUUUUUAAAAAAUUUUUAUAUGCUUUUAGGUAACAAAGUUUACGUGUUUGGCUGGGUCAUCGGACAAACCAUGGGGCCGACUGAAAUUUCAUUAUUAAAUCAUAUUCCGAUCCGACAGGUUGCCGCAGGCGGCGACCAUUUUUCUGUGUUAACGUCUUCUGGCAACGUGUUAUGUUGGGGGACAAAUGACUAUGGCCAAACAUCGGUACACGACGUGGCAGAAGUCAGAGAGCCCACUUUGGUUGGCGGAGCUAUUCGGAACAUGAAGGUGGUGCAGGUAAUGGUUUUUUUGAAGGUAUUGUUAUCAUUAUAAUGUCAAAUGUUACCUUAUUAUGUUAUUUCUGAAUUUUAAUUGAAAAAAUAGUUUUUUAUGACGUUCAGGUAGCAUGUGGAGGUCGUCACACUUCUAUUCUGACAAUCGAGGGUCGUGUCUUCACUUUUGGUGCCAAUACCUUUGGCCAAUUGGGUGUGGCCAGAAAGUGUCGCUCUUUGACUGGCCCCAGCCCUGUACUAGACUUGUUUGGUACUAAAGUAAAGUCAAUUGCUUGUGGAUCGUCACAUACGAUGGCACUAACAUCGAAAGGUCUCUUUUCAUUUGGAUAUAAUGAUUAUGGCCAAUUGGGGACAGGUGAAAGAGACAACACUGCUCUGUCACCAGUGUCAGUCGAUGUCAAGAACCCGGUGGCAAUGUUUGCUGGAUGGGAUCAGACGAUCAUUUUAUGCGGGGAACAGGUAUGUGGUGAAGGUUGGUAUAUAAGUUUGAGGACAGUUAGCAGAAAUUAUGGUUAUUUUUGAUUUUUUGAAGAAAUAAGGCAUUUUAGGUAACAAAAUAUGGUUUUAAGCGGAUUAUUGAAAUUUAAGAAAUUAUUUUUAACUAAUGUAGGGUAAUUAGGUAAUAAAAGAAGUGUUAUAGAGAAAGUAGAGUAAUAUAGGUAAUAAAGUACUCUUCAAAUAAAAAUAUUGUUUUAGGCGCGGGUGCAAAAACGUAAAUUGCCAAAAGUGUUGUCCUAUUCAGAAAUAGAGACUUUAUUCGAAGACAGUGACAAAAUAGAUAUCAUAUCACGAUUGGAGUUUGUCUUCAACUCCCUCGGAUGUAUAAACGGGUCGUUCUUAACCAAGAACAAUGCCUAUCCCUGUGAUUUUACUCACCAUGGCUUGAACAUGGAUGAUAUCAUGAAAACCUUUAACCUCAUCGACGAAUCUCCACACGCCAGAGAGUAUUCUGAAUGUGUAAGCUUGUUUUAGAUAUAUUUUUGUUUGAUUAUUCUGUUUUUAUAGGCUUAAUAUUGAUAUUUUGCUUUAUAUUAGGGAAUAUUUUUUAUAUUUUUUCACUAUUUUUAUAUAAAUAUUGGCAUUUUUAUGCGUUUCAGAUCAUAUCAGCUUUAAAUAAUAUCAACUUCAAACAAAUCUACGAAAAUUUACUCAAAAUUCCGUCCGGUGAAAUGACUUUCGAAGUAUUGAGGAUUUUUCUAAUAUUACCAUGGUUUCAUUCAAUGGUCAAUCCUUCAAUCGAUACUAUGAGGGACGUCUUGGUACCAUUUGUGGAGCUGUUUGAACGUGUUGUUAAAGUAUAUGGACAAGUGUUUAGUAAGUUUUUUGUUGUUGUUCGGUACUGUAACUUACUUUUAUUCUGUAAAUUACUGUAACUUUUCAAAAGUUUGAUUUGUGUAUAUUGUACUCAAAAAUGGGUUAAAUAAUAUACUUUCUUAAUAUAAUAUAUACUUACAUUAAGAUAUUACCUAUUUAUACUAAAUGUGCUUUACAGGAACUUGGUGGUUAACAUUAGAAACCCGUCACUUCAACAGAACUGUCAAUUGUCUUAUAAAUUACGUUAAAUUUCUAUAUAAAAAGAACCCAACCCCAAGUUCCGUUUACCUGCCAGCUUUAAAUGUACUUGAUCAGCUGUGUCAAGUCAACAAAAUCUGUAAUCGAGUGCCGUAUGAGAAGUUCUAUUUGAACGAGCUCAUGGAGAAGAUCAAUAUUCAUCAAGAUUACGUUGAUUAUUAUGUCAGAAAGCACCCUCAACGGUUUCCUAGUCAGGUGGGUUUUUAAAUUCGUAGUUACUACUUUUUUAACCUAUUUUAAUAAAUAAAAAAAGUGAUAUAUUACAACACAUUAUAGUAUCUCACUGAAAGUACAACUAUAUUAAUCAAGUAAAUUAUCUUAUCAUUUGUUUCAGAGCAGAUCAAAUUUGUUUUACUGGUCCCAGUACCCGUUUCUGAUGAAUGCUGAAGCCAAAUCAGCUAUUCUGGAAGCUGAUUCUACCCUCAAGAUGCACGUAAGUAUUUUGUAGUACUGUCAGUGUUGCGCAUGGUGUUAGUCUAUACUACUAUAGUUUAUAUUAUUUAGGCUAUAUUAAUAUGAAAAUUUUAUUUUUUUAGUUGUCUGUAGCAAGUGUAGCUCCAAUUUUGCAACUUAUAUCAGAAGAACAAGCUUUUCUACAUUUUCAUGUACGUAGAGAUCACAUCGUAGAGGACACCUACGAACAAGUAAUGGGUAUUCAGCCCUACGAGAUGGCCAAGCCUUUGAGAGUGAAUUUCAUUGGCGAAGAAGCAGAAGAUCGUGGCGGAGUCAGAAAAGAGUUUUUCAUGUUGUUGUUCCAAGAACUUUUACAGCCAACGUGAGUUUGAGAAUGUUUAGGUGGUGGUAUUGUGUUAUAAUAGUAUCUGUAUUAUAGUGGUACUAUAAUGUUAUGUAAUAUACAAUAUUAAAAAACUUUUAAAAAUGAUUAUGCUGCACUUGGACUAGUUUUGCUUGAAUUGUAUCUUACUUUAGAUAUAUUUUUACUUUUACUUAUAAUUUUUUUGAAUACAACAUAAGGUUAGUCCUCUUUUAGGUAUGGAAUGUUCGUUGAGGACCAAGAUUCUCAUUUGGCCUGGUUUUCUGGAGUUGAUGGAGAUCCGAUUUCAUACGAAGUCAUCGGCCGAUUAUGUGCUUUGGCAAUUUACAACUUUACAUUGAUCAAUCUGCCAUUCCCUUUGGCAUUGUACAAGAAAAUAUUAGGACAGAGUAUUAGCUUGGAGGACUUCAAGGAACUUCAUCCGACUGAGGGUAGGUAGGAAAAUAUAGUCUGCCAGUCUAAGACGAUGUUUUUAAAAGUUUAUUGUUGUACCUAUACCUAAAUGUUUUAAAUUCAGCUGAAUUUGAAGAAUCUAGGAAUAUUCAGUGCUAUUUGUUGCACUACCUACUUAUUGAUUCAAAUGUGCUUAUUUUGAAUAAUCUAAUUGCAGGUAACUCGUUGGAGAAGAUGCUGGAGUACGAAGGAGACGACUUUGAAGACAUUUUCUGUCAGAACUUUGUCAUUUCUCUCGAUGUAUUUGGACAUCGCGAGGAAGUCGCUUUGAAGCCAGAAGGAGCGAAGAUACCCGUAACUCAAGAGAACAAACACGAAUUCGUCGAAGAGUAUAUUAAAAUGAAGAUGCAAAAGGGUAGAGAUGACGUAUUAAAGGUUCAGCUAGAGAGUUUCAUCAGGGGAUUUGUCAAUGUCCUUCACAGUGAUGUGUUGGGACUGUUUCAACCUCGCGAGCUCAUGGAGUUGGUCACGGGAAACGAGAAUUACGACUGGGAUGUGUUGAGAAAGGUGAGUUACUUUGUCUUUGAGCUUCAUUUUAACAAUAUCUACAUUUUUGUCGUUAUAUUUGCUUGCUUUUGUUAUUUGAACCUUUAUAUUAUAGUAGCUGUUGAUUCAAUAUUAGUUUUUCAAUUUACAGAACACCAAGUACAAAGAAGAGUACUACGACAAGCACCCGGUGAUCCAAUGCUUCUGGGAAGUCUUCUACGAGCUGACUCCAGAAGAAAAGAAGAAGUUCCUCCUCUUCCUGAUGGGCACCGACCGUAUACCCUUAAGAGGUAUGAAAGAAGUCGUCAUGGCCAUACAACCAGAACCCGAGCAUCUGAUUCCUGUAGCUCAUACCUGUUUCAAUCUCCUCGAUCUCCCGAAAGUAACGGACAAGAAAGUCAUGAAGGAGCGCAUUCUGAUGGCAUUAGAACACAACAGUGGCUUCUCGUUGGCAUAG